UCGUAUCAACACCAACAGACAGAGCGACGAGAUAUUUUGAGUUGAAAUUGGGAUGUUUUCAUUUGAUAUACACCUUGUCUUGAUAAAGAUAAUAAAUAUUUUUGGUUGAGCAUCAACUAUAUUGAACAAUUAUUAUAAUGGUGGCAAUAUUUAUCAAAAGGCAUAAGAGUAUGAUACGCGUUAGUAUAUUUUUCUUUUGUAUUGGUUGUGGAAUAGCAUUGUGUUUUUUGAGAAUUGACUGUGCUAAUGCUGUGAAUACUGUAACCAGUGUAACCCCAGUGUCUGCACUGCAAGUUGCGACUAGUGGUAUAGAGUACGCGGUGCUUGUUCUAACCAGCCCUUUGAACGAGGAACGGCGUAAUGUUAUUCGUAGCACCUGGGCAAACUUUGUGUCCAAUAUAUUUUUAGAAAAUGGAGAAAGAUUAUACAAGUGGAACCACAGUUGGACUGGAAAGCGAAGCAACCAUGAUUUCAUCAAAGUGUACUUUGUAGUUGGCACUAAAGGAUUAAGCACUGAAAAAUUAAGCAUGUUAAAAACAGAAAGUAUCAGAAGCAAUGAUAUGGUUUUGUUGGAUAACCUGACUGACAAAUAUGAAAAUUUGGCUAUGAAAAUGAAACUAUCUUUUGUAUGGUUCCAUGAAAAUGUAAAGAAUCUAAAGUAUAUUAUUAAAUGUGACGACGACUCCUUUGUUAGAGUAGACCUAAUUGUUAAAGAUUUAGAAGCUUUUGCUCCUCAGAUGAAUUCAUAUACUCUCAAUACAUAUAUCUCCAGCCAAGUCAAGCCUAGUGUGACCCAAUAUCAAGGCCUGUAUUGGGGAUACUUCAAUGGGCAUGCUCGCGUCCAACUAAAAGGCAAAUGGCAGGAACAAGACUGGUUCUUGUGUGACAACUAUCUGCCAUAUGCACUUGGUGGUGGUUAUGUUAUUUCACGCAACAUCAUAGACUUUAUUGCCAAAAAUGCAGAAAUUCUCAGUUCAUAUCGAUCAGAAGAUAUAUCAAUGGGUGUUUGGACAGCUCCAUUGGAUGGAAUCAACAGAGUUCAUGAUGUCAGAUUUGACACUGAAUGGAUUUCACGAGGAUGCCAUAAUCAUAUGUUAGUAAGACAUAAACAGACUACUCGAGAUAUGUUUCAGAUGUACAAAGCUUUGGUGGACUCAAAAGGAGAAAACCUGUGCAAAACUGAAACCAUAGAAAGAGGAGCCUAUGAAUAUAAGUGGAACUCACGCCCUAGUCAAUGUUGUAAUUCACUUCAUCAUUUAUUUAGCAGGAACAAAGAAAAUAGUCCUGGCAACAUGAAAACGUGAAGGAUCAACUAGUCAAAUAUUUCUUAGUAAUUAAGUUCCUGAGAAGAUUCAAAAAAGUCUGAACAAAGGUAUAGUUUUUUACUAAUCCAAUUGAUACUGAUAAAUAUUCAAUAAGAAGGAUAUGCACUUGCAACCAAUUUACUAAAGGAAUUCUUAGCUUUGUUAUAUCUGCCCGUCCGAGGCAUAGUUAUAUUGGGUUGACAAGUACUAUUAUAAAUCUGUAAUUUGAUAUGGAUGUACAUAUCAGACCGUUUAAUGAUAAAAUAUUGUUUAAACAAAAAUUUCUUUUAGGGACUUCCUUUACACUUUAAGAAGGGAAAGUAGGGAAUUACAACAAUUUUUUUUGUUUUGUAUUCACCCUUAAAACAAUUGGUAUAGGUAUGUAUAGCUUGCUAUAGUACCUAUAGCUGUUUGAUUCAUUGGCCUCCUAAGAUUAUUCUUAUCACUUAGCUUUAGCAGCAACUCUUGCAUGUUACGACUGUUAUGAGUGAUGGCGAAAUCACAAUAUUCACAAUGUGGUGUUGUAUGUUUAAACAGCAAAAGGCAGUUGCAUGCACAUAACACAUGCCAUCGUUCGCAGAAAAACACAUGCGAAUAGAGGCUUACGUAUAGUGAUUCAGGUUCCAGUGUUUUUUCUGUUCCCAAAACAUUAAGAAGCCGGCUUUGAACCACAUAAAUAUAUCAUAACUGGAAAUUAAGCUAGAGUUUUUCAUUGAUAAUAGGAUAGAAUUUGUUAUUAAACUGAAUCACUGCCAUAUAAUAUGAAAUGCUCAUUGCAAUUAUGUCAUUUCUUAUUUGCAUCAUUUGCAAUAUCCGUAAAUUUCGUUUUAGUUAGGUACUGAAUUUCUAAAUCAAUUUUAAUAGAAAAAUGCUGUGUCUCCUCUCCUUGGACAGAUUUUCUUUUAUUUCAAUAUUUCGCGUGCGAGCAUUCUCCCCGUUAAAUAAUCUUGCCCCAGCUUCCGCCCGGUACAAGGAUUCAGCGUAUACCCCACUCCCUUAGCC